CUCCCACGGUGCUGCUGUGGAGAGCUGUGAGAGCGACAGCCAGGAGGAAUAAAAGCCAUUAAGUCCCCCUGUACCUCCACAGGCAGGGUCCCAGGAGGCUGAGCACAGCUCUGAGGUCCCACCGGAGAGGACUCUCCCAGCAGGCUUUCACUGAAGGAUUUUGCUGUUCUUCUGACUGGUCUCCUCAUGCACAGGUGAACGGAUUGGUACCCACAGCACUCUCAGACACCCCAAAAGGUUCAUCACGAUGACUGCUGGCCUGGAGAAAGCCUGCCACCGGUGCAUAUCCAAAAUUGCCAGCAAUGCAUUCUUUAUAUUUGGGCUCCUCGCUUUCCUUGCGUUACCACUGUCCAUGACUUUUAUAGGAAUGAAGUUUUUGGAAGAUUGCCCAGUUCAGCCACUAAUUCCAUUAUAUCUGCUGGUGGGUGGCGUGAUUGGCAGCUUAAAGGUGACUCUCCUGCUGUAUGACUCAACCAGGAUGAGGCAGCUGCUUUCCAAGUCUGUUGUGAUUGAUGAUGAUGAUGACGACGAAUAUCCCUGGAGGCAGAAUGCUCACAAGUACUACAUCCAUCUAACCCUCAGCCUUUUCCUCUUUCUCUGGUUCAUUCUUGGGAACUACUGGGUUUUUUCUGUGUACCUGCCAAAUUUCAUUCCGCCUUUUCAUCAGCCUCAGGAUUACUGUGACAAAACCCUGUACAUUUUUGCUGUCGGUGUUCUCAUUAUCAGCCAUACUGUUCUGUUUCUCCUUAUCUUUUGUAGCUGCUGCAUAUACUGUUUUUCCAGGCAAAGAUUCUCUUCUGAGGAAGACUAAAUGUCACAUAAAUAAAGCCCCAGAUGUUUGGGCAAGAGCGUACAACAAAGAACAGGCAAUAAUAUACCUGUAUGUACAUCUUUGUUGUACUAUAUGUAUGUAUGAUAGCAGUCAACUGCAAGAGGAAAAUGUAAAAUACAAUGCCAUCUGGAAAUAGCUAUGCUGGAAUAUAGCAUAGUCUAUGUAAAAUUGCUGCUACAGAUGCCAGGGUGCACUCUUGCUAACUUUUACAUCCCUUUUUUAACUCUUGGAUGUUCUGUCUGGAUCAAGCUCCUGCAGAUGGCAAACUCCUCUAAAACCAGGUCUCCUUAUGUUGUGUAUAGCACAGUACAGCAUAGUACAUUUUUGCCUGUAAAAGUAGCCAUAUUGUCUUCUUCACUGGGGUAUGAACAUCUCCAUAACCUUGCUGAAGUUUGCUCUGUCCCCGCAUUACAGAUGAGGGAGUGAGACAAGGAGACAAAGAGCUGUAUUCAGGCCACUUUGCAUGGUUCAUGGACUUUGACAGUAAGUUAGCUGCUUGCUGGAGAGCAAUUCAGGACACAGUCAGACCAGUCUGUAGUAGUAAGUAGCUAUGAUAGCAACACGAAUGUGUAUAAAAGGCAGCCUGAAUAUGGCCCUCAGGUCUCUUCUAAUCCUAGACCAAAAAAUGUCUAUAUCUAACUUUGUGGCUAAAACAGGCACUAUGAAUAUAUCCACAUACAUCCAAUACAUCCAAACUGAGCCAAGGCUGCUUUGCAAGUCUUUGGCAGAACAUGGAACUGAGCUACUGAAUGUCAGAUCGGUGCUUCAACCAGGGCUCAGCAUUUCCCAAUCUGAGGAGACUCUUCCUCAUACAUUUUCUAUAGAAGUAAUUUGUCAGUAUCACACCGAGGUGACUGUCACACCAUUGUGAUCAAUUCCAUAGAAAAAUACGUGAUGUUACCUUGGUAUUUUAAAUAUAAAAAACAACAGUAAGACAUUGGCAGGGAUGUUGGAAUUUCAGGUGGAUGUGUUCACUACAGCAGGUCUCUGGGUUGUGCCGGGACCAUGCAUUUGAUUUGUUCACCUGGGCGCUGUACAUAUGGAAAUCUAUACUUCAGUGGACAGAUGUAACACAAGCAGCUUUUGAGUCAGCAGCAGCGUCCAGCUUUAAAAGCAUCAGCAUGCAGAGACACAACUGCUUUGUGACAUGCAAUGGAACAAGCCCAGAACUGGUUCUGGUAGACUGAUUUUCAUGUGUUGAAGAAUGCAGUGUAAAAGUGCUCUUUCUGCUUUUGCAUUUAUGCAUUUCUGUUAAUAUGGUCAAAAUGGAAUGGCUCCCCUCUAGAUAAGGACAAGGGUGGCCCCCAGCACAGGAAGUGGAUGUGUGCUUUGUGAAUUUUUUCUGUUAAAACCCACACAGCUGAAGCCUAUGUUUUAGAGAAACCUAAAAGGGUUGUACAAUGCCUGUGGACAGGUGAGAUCUAUAAAAGAACUCAACAAUAUGCCACAGAUUAAUAGGGUCUGCUCAACCAUCCUUCCUGGGACUGAGGCUGAACACAGUGUAACAUCUGUGGGAACCACCUGUCUUCUACCAUGAAUGUUUAUCUCAUGAGCUAUUGUAUAGGUAACUAAGGCUGCAUUUGGUCCCUAAGGAUUUUAAUUCAGGCUCUGUCUUUAAGAAGUGUUCAUUUCUGGAAAACUAAUCUUAGAAAGAAGGUAGGAUAAAGGGUGAAAUAAUCUGACAUGAGGGCAGCAUUAGUGUAGCAUUUCCCUGCUCUGCUUCCCCCUCAGGAGAAGUCACAGUCAGGUUGCCCCUGUUCAGAAACUGAUGGAACAGGAAUUACUAACACUGCCAGCUGACUUAGGCCAUUCACAGCUGUAUGUAGGGAAAUAUGACCAAUGGAAAACUUUACUUUUAUUCAAGAGCCUCAGACUGGAUCUGGAAGAAAUCACUGGCUCUGUUUCCCAAAGAGGUGCUCCACCACACGCUCUCCACUGCCUCUCUAAUGGUACCUUACUUUUCUAAAACAUAACUGCUACCAAUGGUGAAAUGCUAUAACUCUUUUCCACUCCAAAAACUUCACUGGCUCAGCACUGAGCUCCUGGAUUUCAGCCUUCAGUUCUGAACUGAUCUAAGGGAUUUUACCUUCAGUAGAGAGCAUCUUUCACUCAUUAAGAUACCAAAGUGAUUAAGAGAUUGCGUAUCAGCAGGCAUAACUCCAUCCAUCACUCAAAUGCAGCAAAGCAGCUGUUCACCAUUACACAUAAACUUUAUCCAGAAGCUUGGAACAGGCAUAAAACCACUCAGUUGAUAAUGGAAAAUAAAUUUUAAAAGAAAGUAACUCCACCCACAGGACUCCAGUACAUACUUCCUUGUUCUUGAAAAAUGCUGCUAGAAUUAUUCUUAAUUACAAGGAAUUAAGAGCUAAUACUCCUGAUUUAAGUCUGAAUUGAUUCCCAUGUCACUGUGCAUCCAGUAACUCCAUAGAAAAUGAUGAUGUGCUCCUAGCUGAGCAAAUAUGAGAUCAGUUUAGUUCAGCUCGGAGAAGAGACAUAAGCUAAGUCACAUUGCCUUGUGUUUGCUGUGUUCCUGUGUGAGCAUAGUUACAGCAGCUCAGCACAUGUGCAAUGAUUUACCAAACUUCAGCCACACAAUGGUAAGCCUGAGGCCUAUGUCUCGUUCAUGAGAGGCUAAGACUGACUGAUUCUCUAUGUGGAGUCUGACAUGGAGGAUUAAUUCUUUAGAUAAGAGAACCCAGUGCAUCCAUUCACGUCUUGGAAAAGUGCUGCCAAAUCCUAGUGUUCAGUACCUCAUCAGUACAAAUGCAAAAUUAUAGAGGAGGUAUUGACAAGGCAAAAGGCAUUUGUGAAAUACUUUGAAGUUAUACAAAGUAAACAAAAAACUUCGCUAGGACCAAGACAGAAAAAUUCUGCAUUGAUAUUUACCUUUACCUUGUGUACAUCAAUAAGGUAUGGCACAUGCAAGUGUGAACAUCAACACCUCCAAAACUGCUGGAGCCAUCAGUUCUGUACCCAGGCGAUAUAAGCAUGCCUUCUGCACUUUCAUUGCUAACGCCUCCUUCAACAGAUUGGAAUCAUGCAGGUGUGGAGCAGGGAUACCUCGUUUUGGGCACGUGAUUACAUACAACUGAGUUACAGUGACUUACUAAGUUAGCGCUCUCCUGACACACCAUCAGCGGCAUAGUUUCUGUUGACUUGACACAAUGGCAACCUAAACCUAUUAGUUUAGCUGAAGGCACUUGAUCUCACUUUGGGGUAAGCCAGGGACAUGUGCAUGGGCCACAGCACCUUAACUUGCAAGCACCAGCUUUUUAAAUUGGCACAAAGUGAUGGUGUCACAGACAUAUGCUCAGUCCCUGGAAAAGUAGGCAUGGCUGCUCAGCUGUGGCCCAAAGGUCAAGUAGCUGAAAAUACAGUCUACACCUUAAAAUGUUUAGUAUUUUGCCACUAGACUAAAAUUACAAAUUGAAAGCAUUCUUUUUUUUCCCCACAUUAAUACAAAUUCCUUAUGAAAAUUGAACAAAAUACACCCUUAAGCUAAUAAUUAUGAACUCAGGAUGUUAACUAGGAUGCAGGAAACCAGUUGUAACUGUUUCAGUUAAAUCAUCUCCUCUUCUUGAGAAAAAGAAAGGUUUAUUUCCAGCAUUUAAAGGGAAAAAUAUACAUUAUUCCAAUGGAUUAGAUAGCCUGCUCACCACUAGUCAUGAGUACUACAGAAAUCUAAUAAUGUAAAGAUACAAAGACGAUUCUGUAUGCACACACUGACUCUAUGCAUAUCAUAAAUGCAAUCAUAGCAGUCAUUAAAUAAAUUGCACUUAUGACAGUUUAUUGCCCACAGUAUAUUUGUUCUCCCACUACUCCACCUUCUUUAACCAUGAGCAUAAUAUUCCAAAGCUCUAAGAGAGCAGCUUCCCACAGCUAUUUUAGAAGCUGCAGACAGACAAGCAAUGUUUUGUGUUCCUUCAUCCCAAAUGUCAAACACAGACGGCUUCUACCUGCUGACCCAAAGAAGAGAGAAAAGAAAAGCAUCAGGCAUAUCAAGACAUCAUCUCUUCAGGAGCAGAAAUAGGAAUGUUGUGCUGUCAGAGAUGACGAUAUCUCUCAUUCAGUACUUGCUCUGAGCUUCAUGAGGUCCCAAGACAUCAAACUUUAAAAGGUGACUGUGCAGGAAAAAAGUAAAGAAGCAGAAGCUAUUCUGGGUUGUGCCAAGAGCUGUUUUGAAUGUCUCAGAUCCUGAAAUGUGAACAGUUGGUGUAAAAGAGCCUAAAUGCUUUGACUUUAGAGGCAAAGGGCUAUGAAGAUUAAAGUGCUGAUAACUAGUAUAUAUAUUGUACAACAUUCUAAACCAGAUCAGUUUCUGUAAUUUGAUCUUAUCUCUGAGUAUUCAUCUUCUCCAUAUUUUAGAUGAUAGGGACCUUGCAUCACAAUAAGGAGUCAUGUAUGUUCUAUAUACAAUAUAGAAAGGAUUGUUAUAUCAGGACUGCAAUGUUAAACUAUUGCUUGUUGGCAUAAGUUUCUUCAGGUUCCUGUUUACUAUUGGAGCAGAUGAAAGUCCCACAGGUGUUAGCCACGGGAGGAAACAGAAGACAUUUUCAGGCAGUACAAUACUGAGGGAAAAUAAAAAAGGCUGACAAGUGCCAUCUAAUAUUGCAUAGUACAAGAAAAAAGUAGAAGGAAACUACUAAAAAGAACAAUAUCAUAUUGCAAGGUCUCUGAAUAAGUUGUAUGAAACUCUGAGAAAUCAUGUAUAUGUAUUUGUAAUACUGAAUUUCUACCAAAUGUCUUAUUUGAAUAAAUAUAAGUGUAAGUGCAUGA